UCUUGCAGCAAUGGCUGACGUUUUAAGCAUUUUACGUCAGUAUAAUAUCAACAAAAAAGAGAUUAUAGAGAAGGAUGACCAAGUCAUUUUUAACGAUUUAGCUUGGCCAAAAACAGUCAAAACAAAUUACGUCAUCUGGGGAACUGGAAAAGAUGGGAUCACAAAAGAGUAUUACACACUUGAUUGCAUUUUGUUUUUGUUGAGAAAUGUUCAGCUACAGCAUCCAUUGUAUGUGAGAGAGGCAGCAGCUGCCUCUGUACCUGUUGUGCGUCGUCCUGAUAGAAAAGAUCUACUUGCCUACUUAAAUGGAGAAACUGCAAGUUCUACUAACAUUGACAAAAGUGCUCCAUUGGAAAUUCCACUUCAGAGACCAGCACAAGUCAAAAGAUUUGCAGAAGAUGCAGGAGAGGCAGAUAAAAAGAAACCAAGACUUGAGGAAGAAAAAGUUCUACAAGACAAAAUUAUUUGGGCCAGAAAGAUGGAUGCUCCAAGAGAAACGGCAGUAAAACCUGCACAAUUAGCUUCUUCGUCCCUCCCAGAGGCUAUGCCAUUAGAGAGAAUUGCAGCCAUCAAAGCAAAGAGAUGGGCCAAAAAAAGAUCUAUGAUAAAGGUAGAUGAUGCUGACAUACAACCAGGACCAUUAGAACAUAGUAGCUUCGUAGAUGCUGAAGUUGAUGUUACAAGGGAUAUUGUCAGUAGAGAAAGACUCUGGAGAACAAGAACAACUAUACUGCAAAGCAAUGCAAAAAGUUUUGCAAAGAACAUUUUUGGAAUACUUCAGUCAAUAAAAGCUCGAGAAGAAGGAUCACAAAAACAUAAAUCAAGUCACACGUCACACACACCAUCAGCAUCACAACCAAGACCUGCUCCACAGGUGGCAGCUUACAGCAGAUACGACCAGGAGAGAUUUAAAGGCAAAGCAGAAACUGAGGGUUUCAAUAUUGAUACCAUGCAGACGUUUCACGGAAUGGCAUUGAAACAUGUGACUGAAGAAUCAACUAGAAAACCAGAGAAACCAGAAAAACCUAAAGAACCAUCACUGCCAUCACAAACACCACCACAUCAGACACCACAGCAAGUUUCACGCCCAAUAUCUCAGGCUAGACCACCUCCUAGUCAAAAGAAAGGAUCUCGGACACCAAUCAUCAUUAUUCCAGCAGCUCUUACAUCCCUCAUCACUAUGUUUAAUGCUAAAGAUAUGUUACAGGAAUUUAGAUUUGUUUCAACUGAUGACAAGAAAGGGCAGGGAGCAAAACGUGACAAUGAAGUUUUAAUACAGAGACGGAAGAAUGGAGGGUUAACAGUGCCAUACAGGAUAAUAGACAGUGCUGCUAAAUUGAGUACAGAUGAUUGGGAUAGGGUUGUGGCUGUUUUUGUACAGGGACCUGCAUGGCAGUUCAAAGGCUGGCCAUGGAAUGGUAACCCUGUAGAUAUAUUUGCAAAAGUGAAAGCAUUUCAUAUAAAAUGGUCAGACUUACCAUUGGACAACAAUGUAAAGAAAUGGAAUGUGACUGUCCUUAACUUAGACAGAAAUAAAAGACAUUUAGACAGAGCACACAUUCAGACAUUUUGGGAAGUUCUUGACAAGUUUAUGGCUAAGAACAAAUCCCAUCUGAGAUGCUGAAAAGGGAUUAUAAAACUUCAGUGUUUACAAUCAUGAAAUCUCAUUGUUGAGAUAAAAUGUAUUAAACUAUACCAUCUUGAUAUCAGCUGAAAGUUGAUGAAGAUAAACAAAGUGCUAAUAUUGGUGAAAGACAGUCUAGAAUUUAUUAUUAAAGAUUUUGUUUUGACAUACACCCUUUAAAGCUUGCUUAUGUAAAUAAGAUAACAAACAUGAUCAAUUAUAUAAUUACAAUAAUGUAAUACUAAGUGGUCAUGACAUCCAAUGAAAAAGGUUUAAAACAGAUCACACAUGGAAAGCUUAUAUCUUCAAUUGUUUUGAACUCUUAAAAUGGUAUGUGUAAUGUGAAAGGUUUUGUUACACAAGGGAGACAGUUCAUUCAUGAAAAGACUUAAGAAAACUGAUAAUCAUGAAGUGAGAAUGACUUAGAUUUGCUGUAUGUAUGUUAUUUCAUUACAGAUGUAUCAUUUAUGUACUGUUUAUAUUUGUUUCAUUUUCAUGUUUUACCAAAUAUCUAAUUAAGUGUGAGAAAUACAUUUAAAUGAAAUUUAUUAAAGUUUAACUAAGGGAAAAGAGGAAAUACUUAAAUAUACAUAGCAGUAUAUCAAGGAUCAAAGAAUGUAUGUCAUGUGAACAGUUUAGUAAAGGAGAUGUUAGUCUGCGGUAUUCUUCAAAUUUCCACUACCAUUGCAUAGAUUGUGUCAUAUCUUUUCUUUAAAAUAAUUAUACAAUAUGAAAGAUUCAUAAAUUUAUUUAUACAAUUUUUCUGUUUCCUUUAUGUUAGGCAGCUCAUAGGUUCUUGGCUUGGUUAGUCAGCUUAUAGGUUCUUUACUUUGGUUAUUAAUGACUUAGACCAAAACAGAUCUUUUGAUUAGUGUUUUUAAAGAAACUAUUUUGUAAGAUUUCCAAAAGUUUUUAAUGUUGGUUUAUUUCUAUAAAUUGUACUUAAUUUAUUUCAUAUUUCACAAAUAGACAUUGUCUUCCUAAACCAUGAUAGUUUUGUUAAAAGCUGGUGUACAUUGGAUUAACAUGGCUUAGAUUAUUGACCAGUACUCUUGUCAAAUGUUUUAAAAUUUUUAUAGGAUGGAGAGAAAAAAUAUUGAUUUCAGUAAUGUCAUUCAGAUUUUUCUGUGUAAAGUAUACAUUCAUGUUAGAAAUCAGAUUCAAUUUAUUAGUUUGUAAUAAAUUUUUCUUGCAUCCAAUUCAAGUCUUCAAACCUGAUAAUUGUGUAAUCCCUGUACUUACCAUGUACUUUAUAUGUAAAUAACUAGGUAAAAAUUGUCUAUAUGUAUAAAAGAUUUGUACAUAAUAUUGCCGUGUUGUAAAGGAAGAGUUAUGAUGCGAAAGUUUAUAUACAUGUAUGUAGAUUUUAAUCUUGUCAUGCAACCUUAGCAGUGUUGGAUCUUUCAUAUACUUUCCAUAGUUAUAUAAAUGGACUCUCAACAUUUCUAAAAUAGCUUUAAAUAUCAUUUUAUUUCUUCUGUCCAUAAAGCAAAUGAAGACCAAUUAAGUAAACAGUGUCACUCAAUUAAAUGUCUGGAAUCUGGAACAGCCUUCUUUCUGUGAAAGACUCUAGAUUAGGUCUUCUGUUCAUUGGUGAACAAAAGUCUUAUUUGCAGAAUUUAAAGGUUGUACAAUGACACCAACAUUGAGCAAUUCAGUUGAAUAAGAAUGUACAUGAUAAAUGGAGGAUGUGGAUGUAUGUGUGUGAGAUAGUGUAUGUUAUACAUGCAGAAACAGAUGCAAGUGUAUGAAAAAGUGAGAGCUGUUUGAGAUUUUAUUUUUUGUGUCAUUUAAUAGACACAGUAUAAGUGUACCCUCUUGUUAUUAAUGAGAACAAGAAUAAAAUAUGAGAAAUUUUA